AUGCUUUCUAAACAGUUUGCUCGUGGUUUCGCCUCCAGCGUCAGCGCCAAAAAUUACGCAUCUACCAUCAAAAACUUGAAGGUGAAUGCCGACACCAAGGUCAUUUACCAGGGUUUCACCGGUAAGCAGGCUACUUUCCACGCCGAGCAGGCCAUUGCUUACGGCACCAAGGUUGUUGGUGGCACCAACCCAAAGAAGGCUGGCCAGGAACAUUUGGGCAAGCCAGUGUUUGCUUCGGUCAAGGAUGCCAUCAAGGAGACUGGCGCUAACGCCACGGGUAUUUUCGUGCCACCUUCGAUUGCCGCCAAGGCCAUUGAGGAGGCCAUUGAGGCUGAGAUCGAGUUGGCUGUGGCCAUCACUGAAGGUAUUCCUCAGCACGACAUGGUUAGAAUUGCCCAGAUCUUGAAGACCCAGUCCAAGACCAGAUUGGUUGGUCCCAACUGUCCUGGUUUGAUUGCUCCAGACCAGUGCAAGAUCGGUAUCAUGCCUUCUCACAUCCACAAGAGAGGUAAGGUUGGUAUUAUUUCUAGAUCCGGUACCUUGACCUACGAGGCUGUUGCUCAGACCACCCAGGUAGGUUUGGGCCAGUCCUUGGUCAUUGGUAUGGGUGGUGACCCCUUCCCAGGUACCAACUUCAUUGAUGCCUUGACUUUGUACUUGAACGACCCAGAGACCGAGGGUAUCAUUUUGAUUGGUGAGAUUGGUGGUACUGCUGAGGAGGAAGCUUCCGAAUUCUUGAAGCAGCACAACUUGUCCAGACCUGAGGGUCCUAAGCCUGUGGUGUCCUUCAUUGCCGGUAUCUCUGCUCCUCCAGGCAGAAGAAUGGGCCACGCUGGUGCCAUUGUUGCCGGUGGUAAGGGUGACGCCAAGUCCAAGAUCGCUGCCUUGGAGUCUGCUGGUGUUGUUGUUGAGAAGUCCCCAGCUAGAUUGGGUAACUCCUUGUUGCAGGAAUUCAAGAACAAGGGCUUGUUGUAA